AUGAGUGUACAAUUGGAUCCCUCAGCGUUGCAGAAGAUGGCCGAGGUUGCCGCUGCUGCAGAGCAACAAAGCAAUGAGCCAAUGACCGUUGAUGAAGAGUAUGAGCUAUGGAAGAGUAACGUACCAAUGCUGUAUGAUUUUGUAAGCGAAACUAGAUUAACAUGGCCUACUUUAACGGUGGAGUGGUUACCACAGAAGAACCUGGUUGCUGCUCGAACAAGACAACAAUUGAUUCUCGGAACACAUACAUCUGGAGAAGAGCAAAAUUACCUGAAGAUUGGGGCUGUUGAUCUACCAGUGGAAGUUACAGAAAACUCCAAAAAGGACAGAGAAAUUGAUGAAGAGGAUGAGGACAUGGUUCUUUCCAAUGUGAAGAUUGUUAAGAAGUUCCCGCAUGAUGGCGAAAUUACGAGAGCACGCUAUAUGCCUCAAGAUGAUAACAUAAUUGCUACUAUUAAUGGUGAGGGAAAGAUUUUUAUAUAUGAUAGAUCAAAAAACGGUGUGGAAGCUUUACUCUCAACUUUGGAGUACCAUACUGAGAAUGGUUAUGGUCUAGCCUUCAAUGCGAACGAGAAGUAUUCACUCUUGAGUGGCUCUGAUGACAGCAAUAUCGCUUUAUGGGACAUUAGUAACUUUGAAAAGAAUAUAAAACCUACCAUCACCUUUGAAGAUGCGCAUACCGACAUUAUUAAUGACGUUAAGUGGCAUAGUUCUGAGGCACAUAUUUUUGGCUCUGUUUCCGAAGAUUCGACCAUGAAACUUUUCGACAAGAGAUCCUCCCAGAUAAUACACAACAUAAAUACAAAGAAACCAUACAAUACCUUGGCUUUUAGUCCCUUUUCAUCAAACUUAUUUGCAGCAGCAGGAACUGAUAACCUAGUAUAUCUAUAUGACAUAAGAGAUGUAUCUAAUCCUCUUUAUGCUAUGACCGGCCACGAAGAUGCAGUUACCGCCAUUGAGUUCGAUCCAAACAAUGAUGGAAUUCUUUACUCAUCUGGCUCUGAUAGAAGAACUAUAGUAUGGGAUUUACAAGAAAUAGGUGCCGAACAAACUCAAGACGAAAUAGAAGAUGGCCCUCCAGAAGUAUUGAUGAUACAUGCAGGACAUAAAACUUCCAUAAAUGAUAUAGCCGUGAAUCCAAACAUUAAUUGGCUCGUAGCGAGCGCUGAAGAGGACAAUAUCGUACAGAUAUGGAAAUGUUCAAGCAACAUUCCACGUAUUGGUGGCGAACCAGAGGUAGAUUUGAGCAUUCUUGACUGA